CAGAAGCCAGCGCCUGGGCACAGACAGCUUCAGACUGACCUUCUGUCCAAGGCCAUCAUCUAAGGGCCAAGACCUAAAGCUUUGACUUAUGAGAAGGAUUCUCUCCACCUGGUGCUCACGUGAAGAAUAAUGAAAUAAUUGCCCUGUCUCUUGGGACCACUACAAGUCUGCCUCAGUCACUGCAUUCAGCAGCCUAUCAACACAUGUUCGGUUUUGGAGUAACUGCUUAUGGGAAAGCAGGGCCGUGUGGUUAACAGAGGGAGCACUGAGCUGGGAGACUAAAGACCUGGCCUCUUGUCCCAGCUCUACCACUGUCAAGCUGUGUGACGCUGGGAGAUGGUGGCUUGGAAAUGGACUUGCUAAAGGACCUUGAGUCCCUGCAGUUUGAGUAUGGGGUUCAAGAGGAAGACCACUGCUGGCUGUAUUUGCAGGGCCGUUCUCGGGGGCUGAUGAUCAAGGCCUGUGCCCAUGCAACCUUCUUCUGCAAGCUACUCUGUAAUUUGAGAGAAUCUUUACAUGAGAAGCAAACUUCCAAAUGUCUCUCAACUGGAUCUCUUCACACUCCUGACGAUGGUGCAUUAAAGGUGGGCAUCAUUGGAGGCGGCCGCCUUGGGAAGCAGCUGGCUCAUGUACUGUUUCAGCUGGUCCCCAUCCCUGCUGAAAGUCUGCGGAUCUCCACUCGGAGGCCAGAGGCCCUGGCUGAGUUCCGGGAACUGGGAAUCCAGUGCUUUUAUGAUAACCCUUCUCUGGUGGUCUGGGCCGACGUCAUAUUCCUCUGCUGCCUGCCAUCUCAGCUGCCUAAAAUCUGCAUGGAAAUUAACAGCAGCCUUGACAAAGCCUGCAUUGUGUACAGCUUUGUGGCUGCCGUCCCAAUACCCAGGUUGAGACUGCUACUGAACCAUACCAGUAUCCUGCGGCCUCACUAUCAGUGUGGUGAUUCUGUCAACAUCUGGGGGUCCAAGAAGGACAUCACAGCUGCUCUCCAGGAUCCUGUGAUUCUUCAUGCUACCUGCCCCUACAAUCCUGCUGGGGGAAUUGUCCUCAAUAUCAAGUGGCUGGAGGGAGUCUUCUAUGCCGCCCUAAACGUCUGCAAGGCCAGGGAAAUGCCCCACUUACAAGUGCUGCAGCUUCUGAAUGGACUGUUCCUCUCCGUGCACUUCGAAAGCUGUGGGAAAGACGGAGCGUCCUGCCCCAAAUUUCAGUUAGUAGAUUUUGUCAGCAAAGUCUACGCCAAGAACCUACCUCAGAGAAGGCCUUUCCCCUGGUUUGAUCUGACUGCUGUGCAACUCAAGGAAACUCCCUUUGGCCAGCAUCUCUCAACCAGGACUGCUCUCCAGGACCACCUUACCCAACUAUAUUGUGAUUCAUUUGGUGUCUCUCUAACCAACGAACAACGGCCAGUGGUUUGCCCAGGCUCUCCUUCCCAAUAA